UUGAAUAUAAAAUGAUUGAGCAACCAAAAGGUCAAUGGGAGUUCUUUCUUCACGAACAAAACCAAAAGAACAACUGGAAUCACAGGACGUCUCCUUUAAUUUGGAAAGAAGUAGCCCGUAGAGGCGGAAAAGCGUUUCUUAUUGGCGGAAUUAGUGAAUUUUGGGAAUACGUGUACGAUUAUUACGGUUUGGAAGCCGUUUUACCUAAAGAUGAUUUAGACGCGUUAAUCCAAGAUAACAUGGCGUUCUAUCAAAAUAAAUUAGAUGAAGAAGCUAGUGAAGCACAGAAAAUUUUUAGAAUAACCAUUAAUGGAAUAAAAAAUCCUAUUUUCAGCUUAAUCGUCCCGUCUUUACUUAAUAUACCUAAUAUUAGACCUCCAGCUGGUUUGCUUAUAAGACUAUUUGAUAUGGAGAUAGAGAUGACUCAAGAUUUUGGUGCUUUGCUCGAGGUAAUGGAAGCAACGUCAGAUAUGACUGAUAAAGUAGAAGUUGUCGGUAGCUUGCAACAUGCUUUUGACGAUUGCGAUUUGUUUAUUGAUAUUGAUCAAGACUAUGCCCGUAAAGAAGAUGAAUGUAUGGAUAUGUGGUUGAUUAGAAACAUGUCAUUAAUGGCUGCAUUUGGGGACGCUGUAAAUGGCCACGCAAAAAGAGACUUAAAAAUAAUAUUGGCACACCCAGGACCUUGCUGUUUCAACGGAACCUUGUUAGCUGAAUAUUGCACUGCUAUAAAACCCUCGAAUAUAAUUGCAAUAUCAGCUGAUAAAGGUUCAUUACCAUUAAGUAUUAUUUCAAAAUUAUGUAAAGUACCUUUAGACCAAUUAAGCGCUCCCCCGGUUUGGGGCUUGUGGCUAACACCUUUCAUUGAUGUUGGGUCAGUAUUGAAAAGAUGUGAUAUUCAGAGGCCAUAUCAAAGGGCAAUUAAAACCGACGGAGGAUCUACCCUUCCGUUAGGACGAAUUACUCCAGAACUGCAUUACAUUCAUUAUAUGUCCGACGAAUUCGAAGAAGAAUUGUGGAAUAGGGUAAACGAAACCAAAGAGACCGUUCCUAGAAUUUUAGGAAGACCAUUAACUUAUGCAAAAGCUAUGGCAACAAUAAAAGUUUUGGAGAUUUGGUUCUCUGGUAAACCAAGCGAUGAAAUUAUAUCAUUAGGAAUCAUAUCAAACGGCAGUUUUGGAUUUCCAGCUGGUCUUUGUCUUUCUCAACCAGCUAAUUUUGAUGGAAACUCUUGGUCACCUUUUAAAAAUUUUCCAAUCAGUGAUCAUGCGAAGAUAAAAGUUGACGAACUUGUUUCCAGUUUGGAAGAGUUAUUCACAAAUUAUCAUAUUAGCAGCAGUUUCUAUAUUCAAUCUGCUUGUCGAUUAAUGAUAUGAUGCUGAAUAAAUUGUUAUUAAAUAACAGCUUUGUUCAAAUUUGAUUUAUAGAUAUCUACAUUAACGGCACAGUUUAAUUGACCGCUAGAUACGGUAGACACAAUAUACAUCGAUUAAAGGAAUAUCAUUAACUUAUAAAAACUUUAAUAACAAAUAAAUAUUAACAUUAGUUUUUA